UACGCACUUAUCUCCCCUGAAGAAAAAUAAUACACGUUCGUUCUUCUGUCAACAUGGCAGCCCCUGGUAUACUUCCAAACCGAUAUGUAAACGGGGUACCCGUCCCCACAUCAAGAAAGACAUUAAGAAUGAAAGAGAAAUACAUUAUCUUGUUGGUAUUCAUCACAUUCGGAACUGUUUGUUUUGGUGCUUUUAUGUACCUACCAGACAUGAGAGAUCGAGCUCGAGUGGACUCACUUCGGGGACAAUUUCGUGAUGUUAUAGUACCACAUCAUGGAGGGGUGGGGAAAAUAGUACAUGACAACGAUGGUAUUGAUAUCCAUGUAAUAAAGGACAGAGCGCAAUUAGGUCAAAAAAUAGAAAUGGACAUGGCCGAACAGAAAAGAAUUGUUAAAGUUGGAGAAAAAUUGAACAUGUCCAAAGAUGAUACACUUGGGUUUAAACAAAAUAUUGAGAAAGACAAAGAGAGAGUACGACAACAGAAGAAGGAGGAGGAAGUUAAAAAGCGACAAUCAGAGAUGGAAAAGCUGAAGGAGAUAAAACCAGAACAUCCAGGCGGAGAGGGCGCUCAAGGAGGUGCACCAUCUGAAGAAGAUGUUCUAGAAAAAAGAAAUGCAGUAAAAGAGAUGAUGAGACAUGCUUGGGCUAAUUAUAAGAAGCAUGCCUGGGGUUCAAAUGAAUUGAGACCGAUAUCACACAGAGGACACAGUGCCAGUAUAUUUGGAACGCUGAAUUUAGGCGCCACUAUAGUUGAUGCUGCUGAUACACUGUAUAUCAUGGAGAUGAUGGAGGAGUAUAAAGUAGCAAGGGAUUGGAUUGCUGAAAAUCUGAACUUUGAAGGCUCUUCAGAGUUGUCUGUAUUUGAAACAAACAUUAGAUUUGUUGGAGGAUUGCUGGCUCUCUAUGCCUUAACUGGUGAUAAGAUGUAUAAAGAAAAAGUUGUUAAAAUAGCAGAUAAAUUAUUGCCAGCAUUUAAUACGCCAUCAGGAAUACCAAACUCCAUGGUAAAUGUCAGAACAGGUGGAUCAAGAAACUGGGGUUGGGCUUCAGGUGGUUGUUCUAUUUUGGCAGAAUUUGGAUCCUUUCAUUUAGAAUUUGUUUAUCUAUCUGAAAUAACUGGUAAUCCAAUUUACAAAGAAAAGGUUGAUAAGAUUAGAGAAGUAUUAAACCAGAUAGAAAAACCUGAUGGACUGUAUCCAAACUAUCUGAAUCCAAAAACAGGGAGAUGGGGCCAGCAACAUGUUGCUAUAGGAGCACUUGGAGACAGUUUUUAUGAAUAUUUGAUAAAGUCAUAUGUACAGUCUGGAAACAAAGAUGAACUUGCAAAAAAAAUGUACUUUGAUGCAGUUAAAGCAAUGGAGAAGAAAAUGUUACAAAAAUCUAAAAGUGGAAUGGUUUACUUAGCAGAAUAUAAAUCUGGAAGACUAGAGCAUAAAAUGGACCAUUUAGGCUGCUUCUGUGGUGGUAUGUUUGCUUUGGGUGCUGAAUAUUCAGAUGAUAAAGCCAAAUACAUGAAACUAGGAGCUGAUAUAGCACACACCUGCCAUGAGUCUUACGACAGAUCAGCCACAAAACUAGGACCAGAGGCAUUCAGAUUUGAUGGACAGACAGAAGCCAAAUCUAUUAGACAGAAUGAGAAAUAUUAUAUAUUAAGACCAGAAGUAGUAGAAACUCACUUUUAUAUGUGGAGAUUUACAAAAGAACAAAAAUACAGAGAUUGGGCUUGGGAGGCUGUUAAUGCAUUAAACAAGAAUUGUAAAGUAGACGGUGGAUUUACAGGAAUAAGAGAUGUAUACCAGGAACAUGGGUCACAGGAUGACGUCCAGCAAAGUUUCUUUUUAGCAGAAACUUUAAAAUAUUUAUAUCUGACAUUCUCAGAAGAUACAGUUAUACCAUUAAAUAAAUGGGUAUUUAAUACAGAGGCCCAUCCAUUACCCAUACAGGGAGCAAAUACUGUCAAGGAAAUACAAUCGUGAAAAGAAAAAGAAAAUAAUUAGGUUUAACUAAUUUAUAAAAUGAAAGGGAGACAAUGAAAGUAAUUGUCUCCCUUUGGGUCAAUAUGUUUCCAUAUGAUAUUGAGAUACAGUUAUACCUUUAUUUCCAUUGAAUAGAAUUACCAUAGCAUGGAUUUUAUGACAGACAAAAUCAAUUGAUUAUGUUUUCUGAUUUUAAUAGUGUAAUUUUGUAAUAAACAAAUUUACUAACUGUAUAUUCAGAAAUAGUAAGUUGAUUUUAUAAAUGAAAACACUUUUUGACAGAAUUAAUAUAUCAAUUAUUAAAAGGCACCUUUUAUAAUUUUUUUGAAAGUAGGGCAUGUUUAUGAAAAAUAUUAAUACAUGUUGUGUUUUGGACAAAGCAGUGUUACUAACAAAUUAAUCCAUUGAAUUCUAGAUUUACUACAUUGAUGCAUAUAAAUAUAAAUAUCAGGUAUAGACUGUUCCAAAAUUAAUGUAGGUGGUGUAAGGGUGGGAAGAGCUCAAAUUUAUCAAGUGUGGGGGGGUGUAAUUUCCUAAAUAUUUGUUAGAUCUAUAAUAAGAAUUACAACUUUUAUAUUAUGAGGUGAGGGUUUAAAAAAGUGCCUCCUUUACCCGCCAUUCAUUUAAUUUUGGAACAGCCCUAAAGGUUUAAAUAAAGUUUUGUCUUUAGAUUAUGUUAAAGGAAAAUUUAAUUAAGUUCAGUUUAUAGUUUGAAAUAUCAUAAGUAUAAAUUCAUGUAAAUAUUUUUUUUAUUUAAACAGAUUUUAAAUAAAAUGGUCUGUAGUAAAUUAUUUAUAAUCAUGAACAAGAGAAGAUAUAGUUUGUCUUUUCUAUGAGUGUAAUAAUGUAAUGUUGAUCCUGCUGGAAGGAAUACAGUUUUGCAGAAUUUAAAUCUCAUGAUUAAUUUUAGUUUGUUAUAAGAGAAAAAUUGGUAGGAAUGUAAGAUAUUUGUUUUGUAUU